GCUCCGCCAUAGCCACCACCAAACAACUGAGUUAUUUUUACACAUCUCCCAGCAUCUGGUCAAUCCACCACUUUUCAGUGUUUAUACCGUUACCGAAAAAAACGAGAAAAAGAACAAACAAAAAGUCCAGCUAUGCUUUAAUGUAUAUUUUUAUGAUUUCUCGUCUUCUAUAGAUGGAGUAUGCAAAGACAUCUUAACUAGAGCUGGACCAGAGGUGGAAGCCGAGCUAAAAGCAGCAAAAGUAAAUCGAGGAGAAAUUUUCGUGACCCAGCCUGGAAACUUCCCCUGUAAAGCUAUUUUUCACAUGCAUGGAAAACAGGAUGAAGUCCUCAUUGAACAACUUGUAUGUGAUAUUAUUUACUAUUGUGAAUCGUAUAAUUACAGUUCAGUGGCAAUUCCUGCCAUGUGUGCUGGAGCUGGAGGGUUGAAUCCUGCUAUUGUGGCAGGAGCCAUUCUUCGAGGGAUCAAGUCUUCUACAUCAUCAAUGAACAGCCUCACCAACAUCCGCCUCGUCCUGAUUAAGAUCGAUGUCUUCUCGGCUUUCAAAAAGGAAGCGAUGCAGAUGUAUUCCCCAGCUGUCAUCAACAGAGUGUUAUUUCAAGAACAACAACAGCAACAACAGCCUCCUCCUUCUGUGAGUGCAUGCCUCAGCAGACUCCGAAUCAGGUCUACAAGUCAGCAGUCUGUCUUGGGUCUUUCCAAAAAACAUGUUGACUCUGCCAUGGAAAAGCUGAAGCAUCAAUAUCAGACUCAGUACUCCAAGGAGCAACUGGAACUCCUCAACCAGGAUGACAUGAUGGAGCUUAAGGAACUGGUGGAGGCCGAGGGUUUAUUCAUGCAAACUGAUCAAUCUGGCACCCUAACAGUGAGCGGGCUAAAAGACGGGGUCACCCAGGUGAUGCAAAAAAUGAAUCAUUUUCAGUUCAUGGCCCUUGCUAGAGAGGUGAGAGUCAGGAAGGAGGAGGAUUUGUACCUCCGAGUGGUUUGGUGCAUCCUGGCACAUAACGGUAACUGGGAACGCCUUCCCAGAACAGCCAAUCACCAACUGGAAAACAACAAAUUAACAGAAGGAAUAAAAGAUGCACAGGGACUCAUAUGGGAGGUUAAUCUACAGACAAUGAUGGCCACACAACAACUGAGCAGACAGACGACAAAUCUGAAACGACUUGAGAAUCUCUCAGGUGAGAAGAUCUCAGUGAUGUUACAAAAUGAGCCUGACUGAUAUUGGUGUUUGAUGCUUGAGAGUAAUACAAAACCAAAAGAAACAAAUAUUAAGGUGUACAAGCUGUAAUGAAAGAACAGAGUACAAAUAGAAAUGCAAAAUGUAUCGCAACCUGCCGCACCUGUAAGAAAAACAAUCAUACAACACCUGGAACACAAAACUUCAAAGUGUACAGACGACCCCGCUAGAGCCUGGCUUCCCUGGUUCAAGCCAUAGAUCAGGGUCCUGGGCAUCCAGGCAUC